UAUCCAACGGGUUCGGGCCACCGUGCGCCGGCCGGUGACAUUAAACUUCUCCCCGCCAUCCGAUCCAUCGACUUCGCCCAAUCGCCCCUUUUCUCGACCAUUCGAUCACAAGUGAGUUAGCUCGGCGACGUCGAACGGAGCGGCGGCCAAUUACCGGCCGAUCGCGGCGGAUCAUUUCCCCCCGAUCCUGUACAUGAGAAGAGUCGAUUGAUAGCUCAACCGAUCCUCUGGACGAGAAAUGGCGAUCCUGUACGCGGUGGUGGCGAGGGGUACGGUGGUGCUGGCGGAGUUCAGCGCCGUGACUGGCAACACCGGCGCGGUGGCUCGGCGUAUCCUCGAGAAGCUCCCCUCGGAGGCCGACUCGCGGCUCUGCUUCUCCCAGGACCGGUACAUCUUCCACAUCCUCAGAUCCGAUGGCCUCACCUUCCUCUGUAUGGCCAACGACACCUUCGGAAGGAGAAUUCCCUUUUCAUAUCUGGAGGAUAUUCACAUGAGAUUCAUGAAAAACUAUGGUAGAGUUGCACCUUAUGCUCCCGCCUAUGCGAUGAAUGAUGAAUUCUCAAGGGUCUUACAUCAGCAAAUGGAAUUUUUCUCCAGUAAUCCAAGCGCUGAUACCCUCAAUCGUGUGAGAGGCGAAGUUGGCGAGUUACGCACUAUCAUGGUGGAAAACAUUGAGAAGAUACUGGAGAGAGGUGACAGGAUUGAGCUGCUCGUUGACAAAACUGCUACAAUGCAAGAUGGUGCAUUCCACUUCAGGAAACAAUCAAAGAGACUCCGCCGAGCUCUUUGGAUGAAAAAUGCCAAGCUAUUGGCCUUGCUGACGGGUUUGAUCCUUCUGCUUCUGUACAUUAUAAUUGCGGCUGCUUGCGGAGGCAUUACCUUACCCAACUGCAGAUCUUGACCCACCCUUCUGCUAGCUCUUGGCAUCUUGGUGUGCACUUGAUGAGAUGGUUUUUUUCCCCGGUCAUAUACGCGGGCAAUAAUUGGACAAACUUCUCAUUCGUCAGAAAUGGACUCGCAAGGUUCGUAAGGCAAACAUUCUCCCAUUCUGCGUUGCAUUACAUGGAAGAGCGUCAAAUGCUCGUUUCUUUCUUGGAUCUAGUCUAAAUCCCUGAUGAGCUCUCUUGUGGAGCCUUACGCGUGUUGUGUAUAUACUGUAUCUAUAUUUGCUUCUUAAGAUGCUAUAAUCACCGGGUUUAGCAUCGUAUCAAUGUGAGCUUGUAAACAACUUCCGUGAAAUUUGCAGUUAUUUAAGGGUGUGUUUAGUUCUUGCAUCGUUCAUUUGUAAGGCCGGUAUUAUUUGACAUGACAUGGAUACAACACAGAGUUAAGCGGAUUUGGGUUAAGGCUAAAUGUAUUUCCUGUUUAAACCGGUUGAA